AUGGCUAAAGUCAUGAUUAAUAUUUUUAGUGUUCUGAAUUUAAUCAUUUUAUUGCUCUUUAUUUAAAUUUUAUUCAGCAUUUUAAGUCAGUUUAAUGUUCAUCAUCGAUUUAAUUUGUUCUCCAUUAUUUAUGUUUUUCAUUUAUUCUUCGCUCUUUAAAUUUUUAUUUUAUUCAUUCUCUUGCAAAUAUUUAAUAUUAGUUAUUUGUUUCAUUUCUAUUGUCUGUUCUUUGUUUUCAAUAUUUUAGAUUUAUUCUAAUUUAAAAAUACUAGGAAUAUUGUUUGGUAAAUUUUUUUACAAAUUUUUUUUAGGGCUUUCCUUUUCAUCUUCUUCUUCUUUUAUUGUAAAAUUAAUAUUUGCUUAAUCUGUUGGGGUGUUAGGCUUAAUUGUAUCUAACUAAGUCUAUUGACUGACAGGAUAUAUCUUAGAUUAACUAAUUACUUAUUUCUUUCUUAAGGAUUUCGGAAUGCUGCCAUAUAAAUAUUCUGA